UUCUUUUUUUUUUUUAAAUUAACGAGUACCAUUACCAAAUUCCCAAACAAAACCUAGGCACCCUAGCAAAGUCGCCAAUCGACUCACUUUCGUGCCCAUUUACAUUUCUCCUUUCUCUGUCAACUUCCAUGAUCAUUCCCGAAAGAUGCUCUUAAAAAACCAAAUCUUGAACCUCAUUUCCCGUUCCCAUCCUCAGAGAAACCUCAAUGCCAAUCUUCUAAAUCACUACAUCUUUGCUCUCUUCGCCACAACCAACAGCAAGCAAUCAGCUUCCCGUGACUCAUCCCCCACAUCCGAGUCUCCCGACAUCCCAAGUUGGGUCACUAACCAAAACCCAGAGACCCAAACCUCGGAGGAUGACGAUUUUGUCAUCCCUUCACUUGCCAGUUGGAUUGAAAACCACCCCAAAGUUAAGCACUGUCCAACCAGAAAACCUGAAACCCAAGUGGACAAACUCACUAAGAUCCUUAAACAUCCCUACCCAUCGCAUGAAAAAGUUGUAGAAGCCUUAAACGCGUCCAGUUUAAGUGUUUCCAACGUUUCAGUUGACCAACUAUUGAAGCGGUUUUAUCAUAGUUGGAUUUCAGCUUAUGGGGUUUUCAUCUGGGCAAAAAAACAAUCAGGUUAUAGGCAUACUCCUGAGUUGUAUGAUUCCAUGGUUGAUAUAUUGGGGAAGGCUAAAAAGUUUGAUUUAGUGUUGGAUUUAGUUAACGAAAUGAAUCAGUUAAAAGGUUAUAUUCGUUUGGAUACAAUGGUUAAGGUUAUUAGGAGAUUAGCUAAGUCUGGUCGGUUUAGUGAGGCUAUUGAGGCUUUCAGAAGGUUAGAGGAAUAUGGGAUUGGAAAAGAUGUUGUGGCUUUGAACGGAUUGUUGGAUGCAUUGGUUAAAGGGGAUGGUGUAGAACAUGCAUAUGAAGUUUUUGUUGAGUUAAAGGAAUGUAUGCCUUUGAAUUCUAGUAGUUUUAAUAUUUUGAUACAUGGAUUUUGUAAGGCUAGGAGGUUAGAUGAUGCUAGGAAGAUUUUCAAUGAGAUGGAGGAAUACGGGUGUCAGCCUUGUGUUGUUUCAUAUACUAGUUUUAUUGAGGCUUAUUGUCAUGAAAAGGAUUUUCACAAUGUGGAUGCUGUUUUGGAUGAAAUGAAAGAGAAAGGGUGUAGGCCAAAUGUAGUGACUUAUACUAUUAUUAUGCACGCUAGAGGGAAGGCAGGGAUUAUUGGUAAAGCAUUGGAGGUUUAUGAGAAGAUGAAGAAUGAUGGUUGUUUACCAGAUUCUUCAUUUUAUAGUUCGUUGAUUUUCAUUCUAAGCAAGUCAGGUAGGCUUAAGGACGCAGAUGAAAUCUUUGAGGACAUGAAAAAGCAAGGUGUUAAGCCAAAUGUAUUGACAUAUAAUACAAUGAUUACUUCAGCUUGUGGGCAUUCACUUGAAGAGAAAGCAUUGAAGUUGCUUCAGAGGAUGGAAGAGGAUUCAUGCAAGCCAGAUAUUUCAACUUAUGGGCCUUUACUUAAAAUGUGCUGCAGGAAGAAGAGGAUGAAGGUGCUCAACUUUCUGUUAAGCCACAUGUUAAACAACGAUGUCAGUAUUGAUCUUGCAACCUAUAGUCUAUUGGUUCAACGGCUUUGUAAUAGUGGGAAGCUGGAGCAAGCUUGUGCAUUCUUUGAAGAAAUGGUGCUGAAGGGGAUGAUUCCCAAGGAUUCCAUACGUAAGACACUGGUACAGAAACUUGAGAAGGAGAAUAUGGCUAAAGCAAAAGAACAGAUUCAGGAAUUGAUGUCAAAGGUGAAAGAGCCAGAAAAAACAGACUUUCACAGAGAAUGAUUGUUAAGAUUCAGAAUAGACUCACCAGAUUGGACUUUGUUGAUAUUUCUGCGUUUUGAUCAUGUGAUGGAAGCUGUUAAUCUUUUGGAGCAGUUUUUUUAGACCAAUUUUUCUGCCCCUGAAAGCUGCUGUUGUACUGUUUUAUAAGUUGUCCUUUUCAAUCAGCCAAGCAGUAUAUCUCUUCCAGACACACAUACAUUACCCGCCGGGUUACUUGAAUGCUUAGCAUUUCUUCACAAACUUGCUUAAAUUUGGUGUCAUCUGAUUCCAGGCAGAUACUAGUCUUUUUUGCCUCUUGAUACAUGGAGGUGGCACCAAUAUGGAUUUGCUAUUCUUAAGUUAUCCUUAAUGUUCUUUGAGGUAGAAAACCACAAAUUCUCGUAGUUGUAGGCCUUGGCAUUCGGCAUUGCAGAGGACGAUCCAAAGUUGAACUUCCAGGUGACGAACCGAACGGGGUGCAAAAGUUUUGUUUAUUAGAACUUGUUGGGCAAGAAGUGUGGCAUUAUAUUCUGUAUUUUCAUCAGAAAUCUGGCUGCACAUAUGCUUGGCAAA